CUGUAGUCCGGCUGCUCGCUUACUGCGCGCCUACAGAAUCUGACUGUGUGGACUGAAGGCAAACUGGGAGUGAUGGGAGCGAACUGGGUCUCGUGGAGAACAACUGCAGCUCUCAUUGUUAUUCUUCUCCAUGUCCGAGUUCUGACCGGUGCCACAACCACAGCUGUAACUGGAGUGGAGUGUCAGAGAUUUGACUUCAGGUGUGAAUAUCGAGCCCAACAGCUGAGCAAAGCCACGUACUUCCGCCAUGUUGUUAACCAGGUGUCCAGUCUCCUGAUACAGACAGAAAAACACAACCGGUGGGUGACAAAAGGUCGAUUCUCUCUGUACGACAACACCUCUGGAGCCUUUUUCAUCGUCAGAGUGAAUAAACUGACCUUAGAGGACAGCGGGACGUACUUGUGCGGAGCGCUUGUCAACGCCACCAGUGACUAUAUGAGCACCAUACAGCUGAACGUCACCAGAAAUCCUCAUCUAUACACAUGCCAUUCAGACAUUGUAACAACGGCUCCUCCAAUGGACUACGCAGUGGACAAGUUCCACCAUUCGCUGUUCCUGAUUACGGUCACGUGUGUGGCAGCGAUUCUGUUUGUGUGUCUGUUUACGUUCUGUCUUCAGCUGGCUGUGAAAAACAGAAGACCAGCGCCUCGACCGAACCGAGAGAUGUCUUCAGACUACGAGACCAUGAUGCCCGGUGUGAGAGCAGAACCUGAGCUCCGCUGCAGCUGUUCGGCUCCAGACUGCCCUGAUCUUUCAGCUUUACCUAGACCACCAAGUGACUUCUACCCUCACCUCACGUCAAAGCCCCGGGACUCCAGCAGCACUCUGGGCCUCGGCGACUAUGUGGAUGUGGAUGUUCCAGGACACGUCUGCCAGUACCAGCAUCUGGAUCUCAGCCGGCUGGAGGAGCACGUCUAUCAUUGCCUUAAUGGAAACAAUGAUCCUAAACAUGGACCCAUGAUAGAGCAGAUUCACAUUUCUUCAAACUAUUAAAGGAUAAUUUUAGGUUAAUCGCAGCUUGAUCUUAUUUUGUAGUCACGGUUUUAUUAACAGAAAUAAUGGCCAAAUUUGCAACAAUAGGAUCUAAGUUUUAACAACCCAGGAUUAUCCUUUACUAUGUGUGGAUGAAUGAAACCGUUCAGACAUUGAAAUGUUUGGAAUCUUUAGCGAGUAAAGUGUACAUUUUCUGCCGCGUUUUGUUAUUUUUAAAGGAAAAUAUGUUUUAAAUUGCACAAAGAGAGAAGCCUGAAAAGUGUUACCAGAGUCUCAAGGAUUAAUCUGGACUCAGGAUGUGAGAUUUUAACAAAAUCCAGCAAGUUUUGGAUGUUUUAACUAGUCUCAGUUUGCUUUGUAAUAUAUUGCAUCAAAUAAAAAGAGAAAUCAGAAGCGGUU